UGGGCGGGGAGAAGCUGUCAGUGGUACGUGGUCCAGCUGUCUCACCCGACUAUUUCAGGCUUGUCAAAAGGCGCCGGCGUCACGUAACUGAGAGACACCGGCAGAAGGAAGUGGUUGCAUAGACUCUCUCUCUGCGCGUGCGCAAAGUGUUUAGUGACGUAAAGCUGAGCCAGGACUUGCUCUCUGCGCGUGCGUGAAGCUUAGCUAAGUGAAGCUGAGCCCGAACUUGUUAUUUGCGCGUGCGCGAAGUGCUUAGGGGUGUGAAGCUGAGCCAGGUGAGUGGGGACCCCAUGGCUGGAGACAGAAAUCUAGCAGCUGUCACGUAACCAGGUCCCUUGGGAAGAAAACAAGCACUCCUCCACACGCCUCCGAUUGUGCAAUGAUACGGCACUGACAGCAAGACAACAGAAUGGAGUCCAAGUUGUGCAGUAAGCCUGCCCAGUGGUCCAAGUCAGCCCUCAAUACACUACUAUUAGGAGGUGCCUUUGUUACUCUGGGAUCAAGUCGUAUCCUUCUGAUGAAAUACUCUGCCAAUGAAGAUAACAAGUAUGAUUACCUCCCUGCAACUGUGAAUGUGUGCUCAGAAUUAGUGAAGCUGGUGCUCUGUUUGAUAAUGGCACUCUGGGUAACCAGGAAAGGAGGAUAUUCUCAUAGUGGAUUUGGCUGCAACUCAUGGAGGCAAUUCUAUAGCUACAUUAAAUGGUCGAUACCUGCCUUCCUUUAUUUUUUGGAUAAUCUGAUUGUCUUUUAUGUGCUCUCCUACCUCCAGCCGGCCAUGGCUGUGCUGUUCUCAAAUUUUGUCAUUAUAACAACUGCCCUCCUGUUCAGAAUAAUCCUGAAACGGCAGCUCUCCUGGGUGCAGUGGGCCUCUUUGCUGAUUUUGUUCCUGUCAAUCAUAGCCCUUACUGCAGGGACUGGAAGCAACCACCAUAGCUUGGCUGUGCAUGGAUUUCACCAUGACAUUUUUUUCAGCCCAUCUAACCACUGUCUGCAGUACACCAAGCCAAAGAACGAGUGCCUAGGGAGAGAAAAUUGCAUCACACCAUGGCUGUUCCCCAGUUUCACGUGGAAUAUCACCACCACUGCCACGGGAGUCUUGAGACCACUUCAGCUUGGCCUUGGUCAUCUGCUCAUACUACUGCAGUGCUUUAUCUCUGCUCUAGCCAACAUCUACAAUGAAAAGAUACUGAAAGAAGGGGGCCAGUUCAGCGAAAAUAUCUUUGUACAGAACACUAAGCUAUAUCUCUUUGGAGCUGUGUUCAAUGGCCUGAUACUGGGCCUGCGCACUGAACAUCGAGGCCAAAUAGAGUUCUGUGGAUUUUUCUAUGGCCACAACACAUUCUCUGUUGCCCUUAUUUUUGUCACUGCUUUCCUGGGGCUCUCAGUGGCUUUCAUCUUGAAAUUCCGAGACAACAUGUUUCAUGUUCUGACGGCACAAGUUACAACUGUGAUCAUCACCACCGUGUCUGUCUUUGUUUUUGACUUCAAGCCUUCUAUGGAGUUCUUCUUAGAGGCUCCUGUGGUACUUUUGUCCAUAUUUAUCUACCAUUCUAGCAGUCCUCGAUGCACAGAAUAUACUCCACAGUGGGAGAGGAGCAAACCUGGAGGAGGUGCAUGGGAGCGCUCCAGUGGGGAUGGAGAAGAGCUUGAGAGGCUUACCAAACCAGACAGUGAUUGUGAUUCAGAAGAAGAGGCCUUAUAGUAUUCGGAUUCUUGAGUUUUGGACACUUCUCAUUACAAGAAAGGAGUUCUGCAGUUCCAGGGGGAGUUAAAGCCUUGUUCAUGAAACGGGAGGAAAGUUCUAUUAUCUUUUCAGAACUGUGGGAUUUUAAUUUGCCUUUUGAUCAAGCUGUCCAAGGAAAUACAUCUAUGUGAUCCUUCUGCAGCGGAUAGCAGUGGCUGAGGUGCAAAUGCAGAAGGGUUAGAAUUGGAGGCAUCUCUCUGAACCAUUAAGACUCCUGGUUGUUCCGUAUCAAUAAAGAGAGCCGUUAAUUCCAUGAAAGCUGAUCAAAGUACCUCUAUUCAAACCUGUUGUGAGAUUCUGGCUUGAUAGGCCAAAGAACAUUCCAGGAUAUUUCAGCGGAGCACAUUUAUAUGACAUCAAGCUAUAUUAGAGGUAACUGUACAUUGUGUCAAGAGUACUCCCCACAUCAAAUACUAUGUGGCAAAUUUGUGUUGCUGGGUGUAUAUGUUGUAAGGAGCCACAGCCAUGUCUGUGACGCAUGCUGUGUGUCAGAUGCGCAAUUAUGGUUUUAGGAGUACCUUAAAAUAUAGUGUGUUAAGCAGCCCUUGAUGAUGAAUGCCCUGCAAUAUAGUAGUAAAAAUCCAGUCCAAAUUUAAUCCAGUGAGUUGCUAGAAUUGAAAAAAAAACAUUUUAAUGCGCUGUUUCAUAUUAUGUAUCCUUGAGUAUAAGAGUUUUCAUUUGAAUUUCUAGUAUUUCUAGUACAAAUUCAAAAUCAUUUUGUUCCCUUCAAUCACAAAUUGAAAGUAUAUUUUUGUUGUGCAGUGGUGGUAUAAGGUGAAGUAACAACUUCCAAGAUGAGUGUAGCAGAUGAGCUGUAAGAUAACAGUAUAAGCAACAGAACUUGUGCCUUUUCUAUUGUGAUAAUAAUUUCAUUAUUUGUGUUUGUAUUAAGGUGUGCAUUGUUGUGUUCAGAAAUUUAUUAUUGAGAUUCGCUGUGCAGGGUGGUAUAAUUUUUUUUUUAACAUUUGACAGAAAUUUUACACCUUCCCACUUGAAUGCUGUUGUGUCAGAAAAUAGCCUGAGUAAGCAUAGAAUCAUGGAGUUGGAAGGGACACCAAGGGUCAUCCAGUCCAACCCCCUGCCAUGCAGCAGGGGCGCAGGGCGUGUGCAUCCCCCGAACGCAGUUUCCCCUCGCUCCGCCUCUGUCGAGGUAUACUACAUCCACAGCAUUCUCUUCAUCCACAAGCUUGUCACUCUAUCAAAAAAACAGAUAUGAUUAGUCUGGUGUGAAACUAUAGCAAUUUAACAUGUCUCUAUGGGCUUUCCAAGGACAGCUUGGGCGAGGAGCUUAGACCAUGUCUUUUACAGAGGCAUUACAGCACCAUUAUACUCAUUUUUGUGUUUGGUCUUUGUUAAGUUUAUGAGUUUUCACAAUGUUAUCCAGUUGAUUUUUUGAUUUAGAGUGUGAGCGCUUUUGCUGUGUAGGUAUGUUUUGAUUACUCCACCGAUGCUUUCAGCAGUGUGAGAGUUUACAACACAGGGAACUGCCUUCUUUUCAUUUAGUAGAUUAUUUGGAUGUUAGCUCAUUAGGCACAGCCAGAGCCAGUAACAUUUUCUUGUGUUUUGAAUUGCAAUAAACGUUUAAAAUUCAUUACUAUUGUUAACAUGCAGUCUUUUGACUUUAAAUUUAGGUACAGUUUCUGUCUGUUGGUUUACGUGGUUACACUGAUGACACGUAUCUUGUGUGCACAUGAAAAAGUAUGGCUUCACUGGGCAGCUUCAGUUCUUCAUGACACUCCUACAAUACAGAGUAUUUCAAAUCCACUUUAAUGACGUAUCCUUUUACACCAGGCUUGUAAAAUACCUUAAUAGUGUUUCUUUUUUAGAAAUACCUUUAGAAACAAGGGUGCACUACUCUUAGUAAAAAUGUGACUGUAAAGCUAGUGUGCUUUGUGUUAACAGUGAAUUUAAUUCUGGUUUGGUUUUCCUUUUGUAAUAACCCUUCUCGUUUCUGUGGAAAUUGUUCUAUUGUUAACUAAUACAGCUGAGAGCAUGGGCUUUCUGUUAUAAGCUACUGUUAUUGUUCAUCUGGGGUGUUCUUUAAGGGAUUCAUUUGGACUUCCUCUGUGGUUCCUGCGUUUAACCAAAAAACGAGACCCCCCCUUUAUGUUGAAUUUUAAAUUUUAUAGUCCAGACUACUGUGCCACAAGGCCAAAUAAAUAGAAACAUUCUAACAAA